GCACUGAGAACGAACUUCCAAUGUCUGAAGCAAACACUGUAUGCAAGUCCAACGUCAUGUCAGAUCAUCAAUACUUGUCGUUUCUUGACUCCAUCCGUCGCCUUAUCCCGUUCGAGCUGCCGUUCACCGGUACGUCCUCGGGUGUCCCGGGGGUGAGCGGAGCGCAUACAUCCCGGAAAAGGGCAUUGACAUCCGUUGAUGGGGAGGUAGUCAUCGACAGUCGACCUGGAAAGAGAAGGCGGAUGGCGAAGAAUGGUAGUGGAGGUGUGUUGGAGCGGGUUUGGCGCUGGGUAGGCGGACUUGCUGGACACGAGUCGGAGGAAAGGAGCUGUGAGCGCGGUGAAGAGGAGAAAGGGACAGAGAUGUGGACAAUGCUACCUCAGAAGCAAGAGUUUUACGGUAUAAGACGGCGGGGGUAUGGGUUCGAUGCAGACGGGUCCGGGGAGAGGGAGGUGGACCUCUCGUUAUCCACAAGCUCCAACCCGGUUCUCCCACAGCAACCCCUGCAAUUCCCAGCAUUUACCACGAAUGUUCAACCAAUUUUUGAGUUUGAUCAACUCCCAUUCGUCGGAUUUGGGCAUACAACAAGUGGUCGACCGCAUACACCACCGAAUUCCCACCCUCAAAAGUCCUCGUGGGCAGCAUACACCCCGAUGAACCUACCUCCCACGCCGAACUCGGAUACGCAUUCCAUGACGUUCUCUUCCCCUAUUCAGCUGACACCGUCCACGAACUUCACUACUACAACCACAACUGUUCGCCGGAAACCGAGACGACCAGUGCUUACCCACCACCGUGCACGCCCGGCUGUUCAGAUAACACCACCUCGCAACAAUAGCUCCGCUGGAGGAGGAGGAUUCGUCUUCAAGGAACGAGAACGAAAGGAGGAGAAGCAGCUUGGGAGGAUGGAUGAGCAGAUACGGAGGUUGAUUAGGGAGGGAAAGGAAGCGUUGGGGACGAAGGUGGAUGUUAAUGUGUUGGAGGAAGAUGAGGAGGAAGAAUGGCUAUGAGGGGCAGAUUGGAAAAUGAGAUUCAGCAAGGAGCGCUGAGGAAGGGAAUCUGUGCCCUAUGGGAUGGGGAUUGAAAGGAGAGAAUGUAAACCUCCUGGCGUCCCGGGUUUUUCGGUCAAUUAUCGAAAGGAAGGAGUUUGGGGUUACGUUGUCUUUAUUACGUGGAGUUCAAAGUAUAAUGCCAUGUUUAUCCAAUACCUGCAACAGUUGGCAAUGGUGAAUGUAAUGAUUUGAG